CUCACUUCCUCUACUAAACAUGGCGGUCCACGGUCCUUUCGUGAAAAUCCACCCGGUGGUUCUAGCCUCUAUAGCCGACUCUUACGAGCGAAGGAACGAGGGAGCGAGUCGGGUGAUCGGUUCUUUAUUAGGAACUAUAGAUAAACACUCUGUCGAGGUCACCAACUGUUUCUCUGUCCCACACAAUGAGUCCGAAGACGAGGUGGCUGUGGACAUGGAGUUUGCAAAGAACAUGUAUGAGCUUCAUAAAAAGGUUUCACCCAGCGAGGUCAUUGUUGGCUGGUAUGCCACAGGAUAUGACAUCACAGAACAUUCAGUUCUAAUUCACGAGUACUACAGCCGGGAAGCCCAGAACCCCAUCCACCUCACUGUGGACACAGCACUGCAGAGCAAUAAAAUGAACAUCCGUGCUUACGUCAGUGCACAGAUGGGCGUUCCAGGCAAAACUGUUGGCGUCAUGUUCACACCACUGACAGUGAAGUACAUUUACUAUGACACAGAGCGUAUUGGAAUUGAUCUCCUACAGAGAAGUCGUGCUUCCCCCAGUCGCACCAAUGGCCUGACAUCUGAUCUGGCUCAGGUGGGCAGUGCAGCUGGACGCGUCCAGGACAUGCUAGCCAUAGUACUGUCGUACAUUGAGGAUGUGCUGUCUGGUAAGGUGACGGCAGAUAACAGCGUCGGCCGGUUCCUAAUGGAUCUGGUAAACAAAGUGCCCAAGAUCUCUGCAGAGGACUUUGAGAGAAUGCUCAACUCCAACAUUAAUGAUCUACUGAUGGUGACAUACUUGGCGAAUCUCACUCAAGCUCAAAUUUCUCUUAAUGAGAAACUAGUUCUUCUGUAAUUUGAAAUAAAGACAUCAUUCCUGCAGGGUG